CAAGGAGAGCCACAGUGCGCAUGUCGUUGUCGCCGACCGGGUUGGAACAGCAGGUAGGUCCUCCAGGUUUCGCUCCUCUGUCGUUUCUGAGCCGAGCGGUGUUUUUUUUCCCGGAGAUGAACAGCGUGGGGGAGGCCUGUACCGAGCUGAAGCGGGAAUACGACACCUGCUUCAACCGCUGGUUUGCCGAGAAGUUCCUGAAGGGCGACCGGAGCGGCGACCCGUGCACGGAGAGCUUCCGGAAGUACCAGCGCUGCGUGCAGGCGGCCAUCAAGGAGAAGGAGAUCCCCAUCGACGGCGUGGACUUCAUGGGGCCCAACAAGGACAAGCCUGAGAGCUGAUGGAGGGCUGCUGGGGAAAUCCUACAAAUGCCCACCGAGCAUGCGCAGGAGCGGACAAGCUGCUGUCUCUGGGGUUAGAGGGUGAAGCGGCCCCUGAAAGAGCCGUCUCUUUAAUUUUAAGCUUUUCUCUUUUACUGCACAGCUCUGUUCGGACUUCGUUUCUCAGCAGAGACACUUACCGCCCAGUUUUCCCCCAGAGAGCUGCUGUCAGACCUGAAACUGAGCCAAAACUAUCUGAAUCCAAUUACUAACCAGCUAAAGCUCCUCCAUGACGGCCUGCGUGCGCGUUAUGAAGCGGUGGCAGCCUGUAGCCAUGCAUUUGCAAAUGCAUGGCUAAAAUAAGAUGUGAUGCUGAAAACUCUUCUGACUGAUGUCAUGUGUGCAAAACUCAAUCUUGCAUUGUACGAAUGAAUUAAAGGGAGCUCGGUGUUGGAGCAGGA